AGAUGAAAGCUUUUAAAGUGUCCUGAAUGUGAGUAAAUGUGAGGUUUAAUGAUGUAAUGUUGCUGUGAGUGGGUUUCUCUCUCCUGCUUUAUUCUCCACCUGUGCAGUGCUGAUGGUGGUGUUGUGUCUCCUCAGACAUGCAGUCCUGCAGCGUCCAUCACUGUGUCCUGUUCUUACUCACACUCACACUCACCACUGCUGGUGUAUCAGCUGCCGUCUGCUCUACAACAGUGAAGCUCCAUCAGCCUGUGACUCUCUCGUGUGAACAUAAAUGUUCUGGUUCAGUCAAAUGGAGCUUAUUUUAUAAUCGAGACGUUGUCCUGGCUCGGUGUGAUCAGACAUCAUGCAGCUCACAGGAGGGCUUUACCAUCUCUCAUGAUCAGUAUAAGAAGGGAGAUCUCUCUCUCACCAUCACUAAAGCUGAUUACAGUCUGAGGGACACGUACUCGUGUGAAUGUGGGAUCUCAGAAAUCUCUACUGUACGUCUCAGCAUCGAGACCAUUUUCUCAGCAGUUCAGAAGAGUUUUGGUGAAGAUCUGAAGCUGGAUUUGUCCGUACCAGAGUCAGUGGAGGUGAUUUAUAGAAGCAGAGACUCAGCUGGUGAUGUACAGAUCUGUAACGUGACUCAACGCUCACUACAGUGUAAAGCUGAAUACACACCAAGAACAUCACUCAGUUACCCAGAGCUCACACUGAGAGACGUGAAGCCAAGUGACAGUGGAAGUUACACCAUCCGGGACACGGAGAAUAGUGAAGACAUUCAGUUAUAUGCUGUCUCUGUGGAAGAUGAGAAGACUGGUGUUCCUGUGUGGGUGAUUAUAGUUAUAGUGCUGAUUCUGUUGUUGUUGCUCAUUGGAGCAGUGUUACUGUAUCUAAAGAUCGCACCCCAUCAGGAGUUCCUCAAGUUGAGUAAGCAACUGCAAAGUAUAGACAAACAUGUAAAACAGGCUCAGCCCAGGCAGGGACAGAAGAAUAAAGAGUUCACCAUGACAGGAGCAGCUCUGAGGAAGGUGGAGAAGGAGCUGGAUAAACUCGAGCAGCAGUACAGAGAGAACAUCAGACACUCAGAACAGGUCUCAAUGUUCUGCAAGGCCAAGAGGUCAGAGCUGAACAGGUACAGACUACAGUACUGCAGUGAGGAAGAAGGAGGAGGAGGAGGAGGAGGAGGACUGCUACUGACUGAGAGAGAAGGGAUACUGGAGAAGAUGGAGGAGGUGAUAAACAGUUUACAGUGGCUCAGGGGCGGUGCAGAUCGAGAGCAGCAGGUAACAAGCAGCACCACAGGGAUGGAUGAGGUGGAGGACCAGGUGGAAAAACAUCUGGAGGAGAUUGAAAAGUGGUGUGGAGAGAAGAGGGUGGAGCUAAAAGACCUUAUACAGGAGCACAAAGGCGGAGCUGAGAGACUAACACUGCAGUGAUCGGUCCCCCUUAAUGGUCUCUAACAAAAAGAUUAAACUCUAUUACAGUAGAUUUGUAUUAAGCUGAAAUGGCGCUUGUACAAGAAUCACUAACAAUACAGUUAAAGCACAGCUUCUCUUCCUCUCCUACAGAAUGACAAAUGAGACAGUUUACACAUGGAUCUAGAAUGAUUGACAGCAGUGUGUGUGUGUGUGUGUGUGUGUCUGUGUGCGUUCUGCCUUUAUAACAUCACAGCUAACACACAUUACACACAUGCUGUACACAGCUGAGAUGAUUCUACUGUGUUUAUAAGAGACACUGCUGAACUAUUUCAGCUGAAAACAGAUGAAUGUUUUUAUCCAAAAGAGUAAAAGGCAGAUAGUUUUAGCCUAAAGAACAAUAUAUCAGAUGUAACAUUUAUAACUAAUGAUAAUGUUUUUGGUAAAUGUGCUGCUUUAUUAUUUUCUUUGUUUUGUUUUUUUACAUUUCUGAGACUGAGGUCAGCCACGAUGUAUCAACACUUUUUCAUCAGAUUAUCUGAUCAGCACUGAGACACUUUGAACAACAGAUAAAGGUUGAAAAUGUUGAUUAUUGGAAUAUUAAAUCAUUUGUGAAAUGAUUAUAUCAAUUACGUCCUGCUGCACUUGGUGACAGUAUUACAGUCAUGUCCACUUACCUCGUCUGGUGGAAAUGAUACUUUUACUUUCUUUUUAGACUAAACGAUCAAAAACACACAACUGAUUGUAAUUAGUGUAACUAAUGUACUGUUGGUGUUCAUACUGUAAUAAAACUCAUCAGUUUUCAUAAGUACAUCAUACUGAUCAUACAUCACACACACACACACGCACGCACACACACAUACACACUUUAGCCACGCUAUUUGUCGUAAUCAGAUUUUUUUUUUCCUUCUGAAAGUUGCAUUAACUCUGAUCUCUUUGAGUAAGAAGCUACAGAACGCCGCACUAACACUGGCUGUGCUGUGUGUUUUAUCUCAGCAAACCGUCUGAGCUGUUUACUUUAUUCUGUUUACUUCCUCCUCCUAAAUGCAGAAAUGUAAAAAUGGUUCUGUCUGUAAAAUCGUCUUCUUCAGCCAUAUUCAGUUCCUACUUUUACAUUUUUAUGUUAACGUUUACAUUCAGUGUUUUUUACUGUCCGGUGUAUUAUGUAUAUUUAAGAUCUACUUUUACUGAUUUUUGGUGUCUUUUCCUUGUGGAAGCUGAUCAUCUGUGGUUUGUAUUUAAAAUGUCCCAAAUAAAUAUGGUUUGAUGUU